AUGGCAGUAUCGAAGGUGUGCGGUGUUAUUUGGAUGUCGGAAGUGUGGUGGGUUCUCUACGCUGCCAGCGGAGGUACAUUACGCCUUCGGCCUACCUUCCAUCUCCGACUAGCCUCCGAAGUCAAUGGAGCACAUGAUUACAAUCCAAAUACGGAACACACAUGCGCAUUCUACAUUCCUCACGACAAUCGUCCGCCGAUAAUUGUCGUUAAUCCUGUAAACGACGCAGAUGACGGAGGAACACCAACACACGUGCCACCUCAAGGCCUCACCCCACAACUGACGUACCACCCAACACACAUCACGACAUUCACACUCGCAAAACGAGCGACGCACCUCGACCCAUUUGUACCGCUCUCUAAGCAGCUCCUCUCUUGGUGGGGACGCGACCGCAUUCAACUCUUUACACGUCGUGGAAAACUGCGGAGUUAA